AUGAAAAUCCCAAUUUCUCUGAUAAUUGCAAGUUUAUUUUAUAUCUGUGAUGCUUCAAAAGGUGAUAACAGUCCAUACUAUCAGAAUUGUGUGAAAAUUUGCAAAUCCUCAAACUGCACACAAGAUGGAUUAGAGUUCUUGCAUCCGGGUAAACAACCCCUUGUUGAGCGUCUUCUCGUCUGGUCCUGCCACGAUGAGUGCACUUACGAAUGCAUGUGGAAGACGACAAAAGCCUUCCUAGAACGCAACUGGGAGGUUCCUCAGUUUCACGGAAAGUGGCCCUUUGUGCGCUUCCUUGGGCUGCAAGAACCCGCUUCCGUUGUCUUCAGUCUAGCAAAUCUCGCUGCUAAUCUCUACAUGCUCCGUCAAUUUCGAGCACGUGUCCGGAGAGAUAGUCCCAACUACUGGCUGUGGCAUUGCUUUGGGGCCAUCUGCUGCAACGCCUGGCUGUGGAGUACAAUUUUCCACGCACGAGACUUUCCCAUAACUGAACUCUUUGACUAUGCUUUUGCCUAUUCCAUUGUCAUUAGUUCCCUCUGUUGCGCCCUCCUGCGCUUCCUUCAUUCCCAACAUAUCCUCGUACGAAUCCUCGUGGCCAUUUGUUGUGUCAUCUUCUUCCUCAAUCAUUUUGCUUACCUAAGUGUAGGACGUCUCGAUUAUCGCUUCAACAUGCAGGUAAAUGUUCUUACGGGCAUUCUGGGUGGAAGUUCAUGGCUCAUUUGGUACAUCUGCACACGGAGAGAUCGCAAAUACAGCUGGAAGAUCUUGGUUUUUCAAAUUCUAGCAGCUGCAUCCCUUCUACUGGAACUCAAUGACUUCCCACCGAUUUUCUACACCUUCGAUGCACAUUCCCUGUGGCAUCUUGCAACAGUUCCCCUCACCCUACUCUUCUACAGUUUCCUCAUUGACGAUUGCAUUUCCUUGAGACGAGAAAAGUUCUUCCGCGAUGAGGAACUGAAGAAACUCAUCUAGUACAACCAGAGAGAUUUCUUUUGAAGCAUUUAAAAAAGACUGCAGUAUUAUGCAAUUAAUUAAACUGCUAAAAACUGUUUUGUGGUAUUAAAAUAUGUAUGUUUGUAGUUUAUAGAUUGUGUAUGUGUAAUUAGGUGUUUUUUUGAAAAUAAAAUGUAUACCAAAUACUUGUAAAA